AAACAUACUGGGGGUGCUGCGGUUUACGUUGGGAGGGUGUUUUUGAGUUAUUUCGUAUUGUAAUGAAUUUUACGGUGUGCCGAAGGAGGUUCGUUAGCGAUUAUGCAAAGAAAGCGUAGAUUAUUAUACCCGUCCUGUAUGAAACAUUGCUCAUGCGUAGGUGAUUUAUCAAGUAGCCAUAUUGAAAUCUUUCAAUCUGAAAAAUUUUUUCCAGCCGAAGAAACUAAUCCAGUCUGUGCUCUUUUAAGAUUAAGCGAAGCAGUAUUUUUUGGGAAGGUAUAGAAAGAUGUCGGUUCUUAAUCAAAGUGGAGAGGAGCAGGUCGAGUGCCCUUUGUGCAUGGAGCCGUUGGAAGUCGACGACCUCAACUUCUUUCCGUGCAGCUGCGGAUAUCAGAUAUGCCGUUUUUGCUGGCAUCGGAUUAGGACAGACGAAAACGGAUUGUGUCCGGCCUGUCGGAAGGCGUAUUCGGAAAAUCCGGCCGACUUCACGCCGCUGUCGAAGGAGCAGGUCGCCCAGCUGAAGGCGGAGAAACGUCAGCGGGAUCAGCAGCGUAAGGCCAAACUUAGCGAAAGUCGAAAACACCUAGCCAAUGUACGCGUGGUUCAGAAAAAUCUCGUCUUUGUCGUCGGUCUACCACUUAGGCUCGCCGACGCGGAGAUCCUAAAGAGGCACGAGUACUUUGGAAAGUUUGGCAAGAUACACAAAGUCGUCAUUAAUCAAUCGACGUCUUAUGCUGGUUCCCAGGGUCCGAGUGCGAGUGCUUACGUUACAUAUAUGAAAAGUGAUGACGCCUUACGAGCUAUACAAAAUGUCAAUAAUAUAUCAAUAGACGGUAGGCUUAUAAAAUCUAGUUUGGGUACCACAAAGUAUUGUUCACAUUUCAUGAAAAACCAGCCGUGUCCGAAGCCCGACUGUAUGUACCUGCACGAUUUCGGCGAUCCAAAGGCCAGUUUUACAAAGGAACAAAUGCAUGCGGGCAAACACCAGGAAUACGAACGAAAGUUGCAUGAUCUGUUAGUUACAAAAAUGGCAAUACAGAGUGCGCAGCAACAGCAACAACAGCAGCAGCAGUCCGAAGUAAGAUCUGUUAGUAAAACUAAAGAGUCGACGUCCUCCUCGGCGUCUACCACAAAGGACAAUUGGCCACAGUUGAAUUCGGAAAAGGGGGACAAAUGCGAGAAGAAACAGCCGGAAACCGUCAGUAAAGACAAAACACAGAAGGCGAAAACCAAGUUAAAAAGCGACUGCAGUAGGAAGCCGGAAAAGAGUAAAUCGGCAGAGUGCACCGCGAGCAAUGGCAAAUGCGAAAAGUCACAGUCGAUGGAGGAAAAAAUCCAGAACACAUCCAAAAGCAAAAACGAGCUCGAGCCGGAAAAGAUGGAAUGCGCAAUACCAAAAAUACCGAUAAUCGACGACAACUCCAGCUUCUUCUCACAAAACACAUUUCAAAAGAUCGCCCCCGAGAUCGAGGAGGAUCCGGUUUCGGACGGCGGUACGGAGCCCCAGUGUCAAAUUCUCAACGACUCACUGCCGAACAUCAACAGCACCGAGGACUGGGAGGCGGCGUUCGGGUUCUCGAAGCAGACCACUCAUCUCGUCGAGGACCUCACGAAACACCGGGUGGGAGUAAAGGACACACUGGAAACAUUCGGCAACAGCUACCCUAAUACCAUCGACAUGUUCGGCAAUAUGGACGGCUAUCAGAACGGCUUUGACGCCACCACAAACAAACUGCAGGAGAACAUCUUGGAGGCGCUGUCUAACAAGCACUCGCACUUCAACCACACCACCUCGCCCCUAUUCCUGAAAACUGACAGAAUCAACGGUCUAAAUCACGUCAACGGCGUGAACGGUCUCGAUCAGCAAAUGUCCAAGUUCUUCUCGGACUUUUACAAGAACGGCCAGAAGGAUCUUUACACGAACGGCUUCACCACGCAUCCGAUGAACGGCCUCAGCCAGCAGCAGAGCAACAGUUACUUGCACAAUUUAACCGACAGACAGAACAUGCUACUCAUGCAGCAGAGACAGAUCGAGGAACAGUUGAUGAGCUUAAAUUUAAAUCGACAGUUAAUCCAUAACAGUAUGCACGGCGGCGGCGGCCAGUUUAUGAACGGCGAUAUAAACGGACAGAGCUUCGGGUCGCCGUCGUCGUCGUUGCAUAACCCGCAUUAUCAAAAUUCGGUCGGGAAGAAUCACAGUCGGCCCGAGGACGAGCUGGAUUUCGAUCCGUUUCACGAGACACAGAAGGCGCUCGCCGAGCUCAUUGAAAACGAGCAAAAUCACAAGGUACACCAUCCAGGUGAGUGAGACGUCCUGUAUGUUGUACUAAA